AUGGGUUUCGAGUACGAAAGGAUCGACACGAACACUUCGGAUCCUGAUCUAUCCACAUCCAACGAUACAGUCGAGCAGGAAACCUUGUUGCAAAGUGCCAAUACAGAACAAUCCAAAACCAAUCAAAAUAUCUUCAUCAGAGGGACCAAGCGGCUAGUAUCCUCUCCUAAGACUCGUAUCGCUCGAGAUAUCUUCAUCUGCCUACUCGCUCUAUGGGGCGUAAUCAGCAUUGCCCAUAGCAUUGUCCUCGCAGCGCGCCGCAACGCGCCGCGGAAGCACUGUUACUGCGGCAACUCAACGGCUGAAGCCAUAUCCCUUGGCUGCAAGUUCGACUCUCUAGCAGCUGCCUGGCUACCCCCCUACUGUCGUGACGAUGAAUUGACAGCCGAGUUCGAGAGAUCAGGCCCCGGACCUAACGGGAGCUGGGAUUAUUUUGCCGACGACUAUCAUAAGAUACCUAUGACGCUCGAGGAAGUGGCAGCUCUGGGAGAUAACCAGAGUGCAAAGGUGAUGAUGACACGGGAGUGGCAUGUGGUUCACUGUCUUUUCUACUGGAGAAAGCAGUUCCGCGUGCGGUAUAGGGAGGCACAGGGUGGCAUUGUAGAGCCGAGCUUUGAUAGCGAGACUCAUAUCAAUCAUUGCAUUUCGGUUAUCUUGGAGGAUAGUUGGGGGACUGAGGCGAGGAUUGCGCUGGACUCUUGAGCAUAAUCUAUCUAGAUUUUUACUAAAGCUGAUCACUGGAAAGGUGUGUUGCUGCGCCUCUCAGUGGAGAUCUUACAUUUAUUUCAAACAUACAAUAAGCC